AUGAAUAUUUCAGAUAAACAUCCAGAUGAUAUAUUGUUUAUAAGUGGAGAAAUAUGUGAGGAGAAUAUUUCAGAUGGUACUUUGGAUGAAUCUGUAUUGACAACAAUUAUCCGUGAUAUUAGCCAUGUAUAUAAUAAAAUGAUAUUUUAUCUUUUAACAUAUAAGAGAAGUAACAAGGGUAAUAUUAACAAUAUGCAAAUGCUUUAUAACUGGGAUUUAUGGGGACCUUGUCUAUUCUUACUUGUAUUAUCUUGUUGUGUAUAUAUAAAGGCUCCAUAUACGAGUAAGAGUAAUAUAUUUUCUACAGUUUACUUUGUAUUUUUUCAUGGAAGUAUAGUUGUUACUUUAAAUUCAAUACUACUUGGAUCUAAAUGCUCAUUUUUUGCUAUUUUAAGUCUUUUAGGAUAUUGUUUACUCCCUUUUUCGAUUGUUUCAGUUAUAUCUUUAGUAAUUCCAUUUACUCUAACAACAGUAAUAUUAACUAUUAUUGCUCUUUUACAUACAUACAAUACAAUUUCCAAUUUGAUGAGGGGCAUAAUCCCAGAAGAUAGACAAUUUCUUGUUUUAUAUCCAAUAUCUCUAUUAUAUAUUACAAUAGCAUAUUUAGUUGUUGUGAGUUAA